AAUAAAAUAUUAAUUGUCAAGUAAUGAAAUAAAACAGAAGAAAAUACAAUAAAAAUGUCUAUUCAAAAUAGUUUUAUUUUUAUCAUUUUGCUAUUGGGCUGUCAUGAGAGAAUAUUGGCGAUUUCUGUGAGUAAAUUUAGCAGUUAUAUAGACGAAGACUUUCCGACUAACAGUAUUUCCGAUGAAAACUUAAAACAGGGUUUAAGUGAUCUCUCCCUUGAUGAUUUACGGGUUCUUAAUAAAUUGAUCGAUUUGGAGAAAAAACUGUAUGAUGACUAUGAUUAUGACAGCUCUUAUAAUAGAAACACAGAUAAAGAUCAACACAUAAAUCCAGAUGUCAUUAGUUACCCUGACUUAUAUGAUGCCACAGAAGAAGAGGCAGAGCAGAAAACCAUGAAAACGGACAACAAUCUCUUAAAUUAUGAUUUAAUUGAUAAAUCCAGGGACGAUACUCCUAUUGAACUUGAUGACCAAUACCAACGAACAAAAAGAGAGGAACAGGCAAAUGAAGCAUAUAUUCAACAAUUACAUGAAUCAUUUCCCAGAGAUACCGACGAAUCAGAUGAUUUGAAUCUAAAUAACUUUCCUAGUCUAAAAGAACUUGUUCGCGUCAAAAGAAAUUAAAAUAUAUAUAAUUGCACUUACCUUUGUAGUCCCUCCAACAAUAAAGGUGUUAAAAACACAUUAACCUGACCCUUGAGACGGGCCACAACCGA